AUGCUAUGGCCCGAGCAUAGUGAUGGUACUCAUAUAGUUAGUUCCAAAUGGUUGCCUAUACCGACAAGCGAGGCGCAGUUUUCCGAGAUGGCCAUGCGAUAUAUGCUUGAACAGUUCGAUGAUCUGCCGCCAUCACAUCGCUAUAAGCGUCAAAGUCGUCCUCCAGCGCCACCAUAUGCGAACGCUGUCAUCGACGAGGCGGUGGCUCGAUAUUUCUACAGCCAAGGCUGUGAUAACUUCUUAAACAGUUUCAACUUUCCCAGUACUAGCACGAAGAGUGUACUCCAGACAUAG